GAGACACAAGUGGGAACAAGGGACUGUCUGGAAUGCUUUGCAUUUCCCUCUGAGUAAGUACAUUAACAGGAAAAAGAUGAAUAUUCAAAACUGUGCCAGGUGUGGAUUUGUGGUGUAUCCAGCUGAAAAGGUUAAUCUCAUUGGUCAGAACUGGCACAAAGCAUGCUUUCACUGCGAGGUCUGUAAGAUGGUUCUCACUGCCAAUAAUUAUAUAAGCCAUCAAAAGAGACCAUAUUGUCAAGUACAUAAUCCAAAGAACAACACGUUCACUAGUGUCUAUGAAACCCCUGUCAACAUUAAUGCCAAGAAACAGGCACAGGCUGUCAGUGAGAUUAAAUAUAGAGAAGAUGGUGAACGUUUCAUGUCCACUUUCCACUAUGACAUGUCUAAAGAGAUAGAGCAGGCUCGCAAGGCCAGCCAAAUGACCAGCCAGGGCUAUGAAUCUGAAUUUUCAGAGCAGCAGAUAUGGUACUCAGGGAGUGUAAGCAGCCAGGAAGUAGUUCGCAUGACUCAGGCACAAAAAAUCAUCAGUGAUGUGGAGUACAAGCGUGGCCAUGAGGAGCGAAUGACACAGUUCACCUCUGUAGAUGACACACCUGGGAUGCUGCAUGCUAAGACUGGAACCUCACUGGCAAGCGAUGUGAAAUACACAGAGGGAUAUGAGCAAGCCAGAGGAAAAGGCAGCUUCCCAGCCAUGCUCACUCCAGGUUACGAAGUGGCCAAGAAAGCCAACACUCUUGCAAGCAAUGUCGAGUAUAAGAAGGGACAUGAGGAGAGGGUUUCCAAAUACACCACUGUGAUAGAUACACCUGAGGUGGUUCUAGCUAAAAGUCAAGGAAAGAUCGCUAGUGAUGUUGUCUACAUGGAGGAAUAUGAACAGCAGCGAGGGAAAGGAAGCUUCCCUGCCCACUUUACUCCUGGUUACCAAGUGGCUAAGAAAGCAAAUGAAAUGGCUAGCAAAGUAAAGUACCAGCAGAAGUAUGAACAAGAGAUAAAGGGUAAAGCUAGCACUGACGCUGGAGCAGCUGAGUUGACUUUGGCUAAAGGGAAUGCAGAAAAGUUCAGCCAGCAUGCCUACACUGAGGAAUACGAGCAGCAGAGAGGCAAAGGAAGCUUUCCUGCUAUGAUCACUCCUGGAUACCAGAUGGCCAAGAAAGCCAAUGACAUGGCCAGUGAUCUGAAAUAUAAGAAGGACUUGAACAAGAUGAAGGGCUCUGCCUCUGCGUACCAUUGCCUGACCCCCGAUGACAACCUGGCUCUGAAGAAUGCCUGCAAGAUCAACAAGCUCGUCAGUGAGGUUGAAUACAAGAAAGAUCUUGAGAACACAAAAGGACACAGCAUCAACUACUGUGAGACACCACAGUUUAAAAAUGUGUCCAAGAUUGCCCAGUAUACCAGUGAUAAUAAAUAUAAGGAGAAGUAUGCCAAUCACAUGAAGGGUCACUAUGAAGGAACUGGGCUUGACAAGAAAACUCUGCAUGCCAUGAAAGUCAGAAAGCUGGCCAGUGAUAUUGCUUAUAAGUCAGAGUAUGAACAGGAGCAGGGUGAAUACAACUACCCUGCUGAAAUCACCCCGUCUUAUCAGACCCAGAAGAAACUGGAGCCUCUCAAAGAUAAAAAUUACAGACAGCACAUAGACAAGCUGAAAUAUAGUCAGGUGACAAAUACUCCUGACAUUGUUCAAGCUCGAAUCAACGCACAGCAACUUAGUGAUCUGAACUACAAGGCCAACUAUGAGAAAACUAAGACCCAGUACACCUUAGCUCAAGAUACACCACAGCUUAAGACAGCCAAAGCCAAUGCAGAGCUCAUUAGUGAUAUCAAGUAUAAAGAGGAGUGGGAGAAGAGUAAGUCGAAAGCAUGUGACAUUGGUGUGGAUACACUGACCUUCAAAGCUGCUAAAGCUUCAAGAGAUCUGGCCAGUGAUAUUAAAUAUAAAGAGACAUUCACAAAGAACAAGGACAAAGCAGUUGGCAUGAACGUAAGUGAUUCAAAGACUCUCCACUGUCUUCAAGUGGCCAAGUUGAACAAUGAGAUUGCCUAUAAGAAAGACUCAAAGGAGACACAGACCAAGUGUAAUCUGCCUAUGGACAUGGUGACUCUAAACCAUGCAAAGAAGGCCCAGGCACUGGCCAGUGAUCUGGACUAUAGGAAGAAGCUUCAUGACUACACCAUCAUGCCUGAUGACAUCAAAGUGCAACAGGCUAAGAAAGCCUACAACCUGCAGAGUGAUAACCAGUACCGCUCUGAUCUGGUCUGGAUGAAGGGAGUGGGCUGGGAGACUGAUGGCUGCCUGGAUGUUGCACAGGCCAAGAAAGCUGUAGAGCUUGCGAGUGAUCAAAAAUACCGCCAAAAAGUAGACAGUGUGAAGUUCACACAAGCAGCUGACACUCUAUCCAUCAAGCAUGCCAAGAAGAGCCAGGAACUACAGAGUGACCUGGCAUACAAGGCAGGCACAGAGCAGAUCAUCCAUAAGUACACUGCGAGCAAGGAUGAACCUCUUUACAGGCAGGCCAAAGCGAAUGCAGAGCUUCUCAGUGAUAAAGUUUAUAAGAGUAGUUGGGAGGCCCAGCGGGACAAGGGCUUUGAGCUACGCAUGGAUGCGCUGUCAAUCCUUACUGCCAAGGCUAAGAGGGAUCUUGCCAGUGAUGUGAAAUACAAGCAACAAUAUGAGAUGACAAAAGGAAAGAUGAUUGGGGUGAAGACUGUGACUGAUGAUUCUCAGUUGGCCCACUCGACACUGGCCACUAAACUCCACAGUGACCGCAACUAUAAGAAAGAGUAUGAGGACAGCAAGACCAAAUACAGUGCAUCACUUGAUAUGAUGACCAUCAGUCAGGCCAAAAAGGCCCAAGAUCUGGCUACAGACACCAACUACAGAACUUUCCUGCACAAGUACACAAGCCUGCCCAGUGACAUGAAAGUGGAAUGGGCCAAGAAAGCUUAUGGCCAACAGAGUGACAAAAAGUAUCGGUCAGAUCUGAACUGGAUGAAGGGUGUUGGUUGGGAGACUACUGGAUCUCUUGAUGUACUGCAGGCUAAGAAGGCUGGCAAUAUAAUCAGUGAGACCAAAUAUCGUCAGAAUGUGAGUGCUCUGAAAUUCACCAGUGUGGAGGAUACACCAGAGAUGGUACAGGCCAAACUCAGCAGCAAACUGGCGUUAGAUAGGCUGUACAGAGAGAAGGGAGAGAAUGAGAAGCACACUUACACAAUCACAGGAGACUUGCCAGAGCACGUGCAGGCCAAGAUAAAUGCUAUGAACCUCAGUGAGACAUGCUACAAAGAAUCAUGGACAAAGCUCAGAGAUGCAGGCUACACAUUACGUUUGGAUGCUAUCCCUUUCCAGGCAGCCAAAUCCUCUGGAGAGAUACUUAGUGAUCAAAAAUACAAAGAGCAGUUUGAGAAGUUGAAGGGUAAGAUGAUUGGCCUGAAAGGAUUGCAGGAUGACAUUAAUAUUGCCCACUCCGUGCACGCUACCCAGUUACAGAGUGAUAUUAAAUAUAAGAAAGACUCUGCUAAGGGACACUCUCAGUUCCACUUCCCAAUGGACAUGUUAGAUGUGGUUCAUGCUAAGAAGGCCCAGGCUCUGGCCAGUGACCAAGACUAUAGAUUUACCCUUCACCAAUACACUGCUCUGCCUGAUGACCUGAAGGUGCAAGCUGCCAAGAGAGCUUAUGAGCUGCAGAGUGAGAAAGUAUACCGCUCUGAUAUGAAUUACCUGCGUGGGGCUGCCUGGAUUGCUACUGGCGCCUUACAGAUUGAAGGCUCCAAACGUGCAACAGAGCUGAUCAGUGAGAAAAAAUAUCGACAACAGCCAUAUGCAUUUAAGCAUACAUCUGUUACAGAUUCCCCUGACAUUGUUCAUGCCAAGUUCAGCAACAAGAUCACCAAUGAGCGACUAUACAAAGAGAAAGGCGAAAACCUCAGACAUAACUACACCCUCACAGCUGAACGACCAGAGAUCACCCAGGCCAAGAUUAACGCUGCUAAUUUCAGUGAUACCAAGUACAAAGAGUCCUGGCACACACUGAGAGCUCAGGGAUAUAAACUGACAAUGCAGGACAUCCCCUUCCAAGCAGCCAAAGCAUCCACAGGCAUUGCCAGCGAUUACAUGUACAAGCACAAUCAUGUUCUGGAGAAGGGCAAGCACAUUGGAGCACGAAGCAUUAUGGAUGACUCUCACCUCCUACACUGCUGGCAGAUGGCACGUCUGCAGAGUGACAAGGACUACCGUAAAGAUGUCAUGUCCACCAGUGGGCAAUAUCACCUUGGACUAGACCUGAUCAACUUGGUUCAUGCCAAGAAAGCCCAGGCCCUGGCCAGUGACCAGGACUACAAGAAACGCCUCCAUUCCUACACUGUAUUGCCUGAUGACAUGAAGAUGCAGUGGGCAAAGAAGGCUUAUGAGCUGCAAAGCCAGAAUUUAUACAAAUCAGAUCUAAACUUCAUGAAAGGAGUGGCCUGGGACUCAGUCGGUGCACCUCAGAUUGAGUCUGCAAGAAAAGCUGGAGAGCUAAUCAGUGAUAAGAAAUAUCGUCAGCUUCCGGGCCAUCUGAAGUUUACCCAAGUGACUGAUUCCCCUGAUAUUGUCCAUGCCAAGAACAGUUACAUGCAAUGUAGUGAGAGAUUGUACAAGUCUGGCAAUUCUGAGUCCAUGCACAAAUACACCCUACCCCCAGAUCACCCUGACUUCAUCAGAGCAAAGAUCAAUGCACAACAGAUCAGUGAUAAAGUUUAUAAGGCAUCAGGAGACCAGGUGAAGUCAGCAGGCUAUGACUUGAGACUAGAUGCGAUCCCAUUCCAGACAGCCAAGGCCUCUAGAGAAAUUGCUAGUGAUUUCCACUACAAGGAGGCCUUUGUAAAACAGAAGGGCCAGCAAAUAGGUCUCCUCAGUGUCGAGGAUGACCCCAAGAUGAGACAUUCGCUGGCUGUAAGCAAGCUGCAGAGCGACAAUGAGUACAAGAAACAGUUCCAGGAGACACGGUCUCAGUUUAAGAUCCAUGCAGACCAACCAGAGUUCCUGCAUGCUAGGAAGAGCCAGGCUCAGGCCAGUGACAUCAGAUACCGCCAGCAUCUCCAUAACUACACAUGUGACCCACAGCAGCUGAACUUCCAACAUGCCAAACAGGCCUACAAGCUGCAGAGUGAUGUGAACUAUAAAUCUGACCUGAACUGGAUAAAAGGGGUGGGCUGGACUCCUCCAGGCUCUCAUAAGGUCGAAAUGGCCAGGAGAGCUGCCGAGCUUGGCCUGGCUGAAGGGCUGGACAGUGAGCAAGCCAUCUCCAAGUAUCAAGAAUUGAUGAUGCUCCAGCGUCAGCUACAGUUGGAGAAUCAGCAUCACAGCUCCUCAGAGCAGGUGGAGACUACAGACCAAGUCCAGCAGUCUUCAGUCAAUCCAGAUGCCAUGGAGAUCCUUCAUGUCAAAAGGAAGAAAACCAUCCACACUACUUUCAAACAGGCAAAAACAACAAAAUCCAUGACAACGCAGUCUGUAACAUCUAACUCUACAAACCAGUCCCUCACCAAGCAGUCGUCUGAGAAAAAAUUCAUUACAAAUUAGUGGUAAUUUCAUAAUGUACAGUAGUGUAAAGAAAGCAGUUUACAGUGAUGCCAUGUAAUGCCUGUUUUUCUACCAGUAAUUUAUCAGAGUGAAGGUAAGAAGAUUCUCUGGUGGAGUGAAGAAUAUUCAUAUGAAGACAAUGAAUUAAAUCUGAAUGGGACAAUGAUGGAAGAAUUAUGAAAGUGGGGGUAGAGUAUGUUUAAUGAAAGUGUAUAAAUCCAGUUGGUUGAGGUAUUAUUAAUGAACAUAUGGGAGGUUAUGAACUGUAAGUCCUCAUGGAAUUGAGUCUUUUGGAGAGUUUCUUGUACAUGUGAAGAAGGCAGGAUUGCUGUAAUGGAAAAACAAGUGCCUUUCUUUUUUAUUAAUUAACAAAUGAAAUCAGAAGCUUUAUUUGUGGAAAACUGCUUUAUUUUAAAAAUAACUGGAAAAUUUUAUUUAUUGGUAGCAUUGGAAGUCAAAUGUAUAACUGCUUUGUGUGUCACAGGUGGACAAUUAUUAUUUUAGACUGCCAAUGGCAGAAGAGUUACAUUUAAGAGAUGUUUAAUACAGUAUACUUUAUGCCUGGCAGGUUCAGCCUUCUGAGUAUGCCAACAGCUACAGAUAUAAGCUCAAUUAAGAGUACAUGCUUUAUGUAUGACUUAUGACAAUGGAUUCCAAAAUUAAA